UCCAAGCACUCAGGCUGUAUCAUAAAUCGACACAUUGUGACUGCAAGUUUCGAAAUAGUGAACUAGUGCGUAACCACUGAUCAUGCCAUCGGACAUUCACCUCGCUUUGUAUGGCGCCGUCUUGGUCGUUCCUCUCGUCCUAGCAUGGAGGUCGACGAGCAAGAACUCGAGUUCGCUGCCACUUCCACCGGGCCCCCGUUUACUUCCAUUCGUAGGCAACGCUUUUGACAUAAACUUUAACACCGAUGGCAUCUCAGGUGAUAUCGUGUACUCUCGUGUACUAGGACAACAUAUCAUCAUCAUCAACUCCAUAGAAGUUGCCCGGGAGCUUUUGGACAAGCGUUCUGCCACGUAUUCUGGCCGCCCUUUCCUCCAAGCAAAUGAAGAAUUUGGAGCCUCCUUUAAUACUGCAUAUCUGCCAUAUGGAGAGACACUCCGGACUCACCGCAAGCUUUUCCAUCAAGCUUUCGGAGCGGAAGCGUCUGCAGAGUAUCAUGAUUUAUACUGUCGCAAGGCGUAUGAGCUCGUCGUCAAUCUCAUUAGCGCUCCCCAUAAGCUCGAGAAGCACCUCGAAAUGUAUUCUGGUUCAAUCAUCAUCACUGCGGUAUAUGGAUAUGAAACCCCGUCUGGCGAAGAGGGCGACCCUCUGAUCCACCGCUCUCGGGAGAUUAUUGAGAUAGUCAAGAGAGUGCUGGCUCCUGAAAGAGCUGCACUGCUGAUGGCUUUUCCUUUCCUGGAUUAUCUUCCUUCGUGGUUUCCAGGGGCGUCAGAUCGACGUUUGGCUCCUUAUUGUAGGAAGGUUAUUCGUCAGAUGUUGGAUGAACCUUUCGAAAUAGGAAAGGAGAAGAUGACGGAUGACGGACGACCACCCUCUCUCUUGGCCAAAUUCCUGAACGCGGGUGAUACCUCUCCAGCACAAGAAGAGUUCAUGAAAGGUGUGGCUGUCAGUGGAUUUGCUGUCGGUAUCUUGACAUUCACUCAACGUUUUACUCCCCAGACUGCAUCAUCUUUGCACUCAUUCGUGCUGGCUAUGCUACUCUAUCCAGACGUGCAAUCCCGCGCACUUGCUGACAUCAAUUCCGUCUGCAGAGAUAACGUUCCAAGCUUUGAGCACAAACCAUUACUGCCCUACAUUGAAGCCAUUUGUCGAGAAGUUCUCAGAUGGCAGCCCACCCUACCGCUAGGGGUGCCACAUGUGGCGUCUCAAGAUGAUGUUUACGAAGGAUACUCGAUUUCGAAAGGGUCAAUGAUCCUGGUCAAUGAAUGGGCUAUAUCUCGAGACGAAAACCUCUAUCCCGAUGCAUCUCGAUUCGAUCCUCAAAGACAUCUAACUGCUGAGGGGAAGUUGAAAGAUGAUCCUCUUGCGGGACACUUCGCCUUUGGCUAUGGAAGGCGUAUCUGUCCAGGACGCCAUUUCGCCGAGCUCUCUUUAUGGGCUGCCAUGGCUUCCAUUUUGUCCACUGUUCGGAUCACGAAAGCCAAAGACUCGGAAGGCAAUGAUAUCCCAGUGAUUCCGGAGUAUACUACUGGUCUCGCUAUUCAACCGAAACCGUUUGCGUUCGUCAUGACGAGUAUUAAUUCGCGAAGGGAGGAACACAUGAGAGCCGAGUCUCGGGUGGAUUGAGACUCCUGUGGCAUGCUUUGUCUAUUCGAUUUCGAGUCAUGAUGAUACAGCACUGUUACA